AUGAUACCCAAGCCUUCUGAACCACUCAUAUGUGGCCCUAGGGCUCUCUUGAACCCCUUGGUACCGACGCUGGAAAACGCCUUCAAUCCAUGCUUCUUAGUCCAGCUAUUGCUACUUUUGGUCGUAUUGGUAGCACCUCCAGCAAUUUACCAAUUGAUAAACCUGCUACGAAGCCCUCAAUAUGGAUCAUUCUCGAUCAAAAGCACAAGGUGGCCUCACUUUUUCCGCUGUGGCCUCGUGGUGACUGUCAGUCUACUCACUUGCUGGUUGACUGCUCAAAUCAGCAUCCAUGAAAGAUACGCAGACUACAAGCUUAUCGGCUUCGGUUCCGUGUCCCUAUUGUUGGUGCUUGUGCUCCUCCCUUUGCAUAUCAUCGAACCCUUGAGCCUACCGAUUCAAUCGGCACCUCUUUUGGCCUUUUGGCCAGCAUUUGUGGUGCUACAGUGCGCUAUUAUAUUCCAAGAUUCAUACACCAAGUGGCCAAUUUUGCUUAGCCAGAAAGCAGCACACAUUGAAACAGUAUCAGUGAUAUUAUCUGUUGUUAUCUUUUUACUCGAGGCUUCCAAACGUACCUGGAAACCGACUCACGAGCUUCUCAUACACUACUUGAAUGACGAAGUGUUAGCUCGAGAAUUGAAGAAACCAAAUUUUGUGGAGCAAAUCACAUUUACAUGGAUGAACAAACUCAUCACCAGUUCCUACGAAAACGGCACUCUCAAUCAUCUUGACCUUCCCGAGAUCCCAUCGAGAAUAUCCACUGACCUUUAUAUGGAGCGUCUUUCAAAGUUCUAUGACCCCAAAAAGAAUCCCAAUGUAACCAAGCAAGGCUUGCUUUGGGCUUUAGUAAAGGCGUUCGGACCUUUGGGCUUGAUUUCUUUUCUGUACGAGAUGAUCGACAAGAUACUAAACUUUGUUCAGCCUCAACUUUUGAGGCUUUUGAUCCUCUUUGUCAGUGAAAAGAUUUCUGAUCCUACAGUCCCUGUGUUGAGAGGCUUCAUCAUCUCAUUCGGCAUGUUCUUUGUGACUCUUAUACAGACAUCUAUGACCAAUCGUUUCAUGAUGAGAAUCCAGGAAUUCGGCUUCAGUUUUAGAGCCUCUCUCACCUCAUUGGUAUUUCAAAAAAGUCUAAGACUCUCAAGUCAGGCUCUUUCUGAGCGAUCCAGCGGUGACAUUGUCAAUUUAAUUUCUAUCGAUGCCCCAGAGUUCAAACAUGCGCUCAAGAAAUAA